UUUGGGUUCGACCCCCAGGUAACUGACACACUACUGCUGGGUCCCUCCGGCCUGGCAUCGGAUAUCUGGCAGGUGAGCGACACCCUGAACUCCACAAACGCUGCCAUGACCGUUGUCAGUGACCCUACGCAGUUGUCUAAGGCGGAUUCAUCCGCACUGGCACCAACCUUCGUUGCCGAGGCGCUCGUUGGCGCUCCUUCCUCGUGCCGACCCGCCGCCACAGCACCGGACUCGGUCGAGAGUAACAAGGUGGAAGCUAGCUCCUCAAUCUCACAGAAGUAUCCCCAACAAAAACAGCAG